AAGGCUAGCGAAAGGUGACUUAGUUUCCUAGCGAAUGCCGAGCUGCCAAGUCGUGUCCGAUUCUAGAGAGCUCUCAGCGACGGUCUCGGUCUUCUCUUUCGCCGUCCUUGGCGUCGUCGCCAUCAUUAACGGUUAACAGUGUUUGAUCAAGUGCCUUUCCCGGUUUCAAAUACACUCACCUGAAGCACAUGGGGUAUUCAAAUUUUGGUGAAACCGAAAACAUCUAAAUGCUCACGUCAUCCAAAGAUCUCGCGCGAAGGUGACGGGGUUCUCAGGAAAACCCCAUUGAAUCAGUAAUAAUCGUGAGCUACGUGUGCAUUUUGGCGAGCGAAGUGAAGUUCGCAAAAAUAAGUUUCAAUGACAGAGAAUAGUGAAUUGUGGAAUGCAUUUCGAUUGAAUGCAUUUGUAACCAUCAUCAAUCGUGCAACUCAUCGAAGCCGAAGUGUUCCACCCCAAAAAAGUGCCUUGUGUUGCACCUCUCUCCGGUAGAUGCAAGAUUCAUGUAAUCAACGGCGACGCUGAAGAAAAGAAGAGGAAAAUAAUAAUUGCCACGUUAAAUAAUUUUUCCGAGCGCACUGACCGAGACGAAUAAGCUAGAAAAUAAAGUGUGCAGUUUUUCGUUAGUGUGGUGAAGAGUCCAAGUAAAAGUUUGUGCUUUUCGCGUUUUCGGCCAUUUCCCAGCGGCGAAACUUCGGGGAAUGUCCAAUUUUCGGUUGCCAGCUGGCGGCCACUAGUGUCGAUCCGGGCUGUUACGUUUUUUGGACUAGUGAAAAUGUGCCUUCGGAGCGUGUCCGAUCGAAACCAGCUGAUAUUGGCCAAUUGCUGUUGCAGUGUCGGCGGCGGUGCAGUCGAGUAAUAGUGUCUCUAAUUCGCCCAAUCACGGUCUCUCGCGGUAAUCAUCUGUGUGUGUCUCGGAGAAAUAUACCGCGAGGGAAAAUCCACCCAACUGUGCGUCCUAUCCUAAGCAUAAGUAAGCCCCGUCAAGGCCUGAUAGCAGAAACAGCAGCGAGCGCAAUCAUUAGAAAACUCCGCCAAGAAGAGGAAGUGCGGGCGGCCCACAACAAUCUGUUCAAACAUUUACACAACCAUCAACCGCGAGCGAGCAGGUCUCGAGUCGGAAGAAAACUCGAGAUUGAUAGGAGAAAACCCGGUCCCAACAUCAUCUCUACGCCAAGAUGGAUAGCGUUAUGAGCGAUCUGCUACUGAACCCGGAGGAGUGGCCCUCCAAUCCGGACGACUUCAUGGACCUGUUCCAGUUGGACACGAACUUGCUGUUCAACGAUGGUUCGGCCGGUUCGGUCGGCGGAACGGACGACAUCACGUCCAGUUUGAUCAACAAUCUGCAGAACGGGUUCAACUAUGGAGACCUGUGCGGACCGCUGAACGACGGCGGAAUGGCCGGCUCGAUCGAUCAACAGGCCAUGUCGCCGUCUUCGUCGCUCGGUUCGGACCAGGAAUUCCACGGGUUUCCCAACAGCAACAGCAGCGGCAGCAGCAGCAACGGUUUCGAGGAUGAGUUCAUCAGUGGCUCACCUCAUGCCAUGACCGGAAUUGCUAGACCGAGUGUCAAGAUGGAGGUGGACGAAGCCAUGAACGAGUUUAGCAUUUUCGAGCGGAAUGCCGAGCAACAGGCCCUCUCGUCGGCCGCAUCCGACAGUGGACUUUCGAGCGAUAAUUUGGACUUUGACCCAACCGUUGACUACGAAGCCCUCAGCCCGGCCAUUUCGUCCCCCGGACCAUCGAUCAGCGAACGCGGAGGAUUGAACUCUCCGCCUCGCUACGUCAAACAACCGAUUCAACAACCCAUCCAGAAGAAACAGAUCAUAGUCCAGCAACCGACCCCACAACAAACGCAAACCCUUGCCGUCCCGGUGACCGCCACGCCACCCUCAGCUGCUACAUCGACCCUCACCAAAAAUGGCAAAGUGUAUCAAACGGUCAAAACCGUUGUUACCAGCAGUGGUCAACAGAAUCGGAAGAAUCCCACGAAGGUUAUCGUCGAAAAGGUUACACCGGAAUACGAUACUGGAUCCGGAAUUAUACUGAGCAAAGAUCAACUGCAAACGACUCAGCUGGCCAACGGAAAGGAAGUCAAAAUCUACCGCGUUGCUUCGCUGAAGAACGGUCAAACGGUGAAUGUCGCUUCCGGUGCCAAUGCCAACAAGAAAGUCACCUUACAGCUUAAAAAUGGAUCUACCAAUGCAGUUACCACCAAAACAGGUGGAACCGUUUUUCUCAAUAACAAAAAUGUGGUUUUGACUUCCGCCCCUGGAAAUGGCCAAACGGGAGUCCGCAAAAUUAUUCGCGUCCAACAGCAGCAACAGCAAAACGGACGUUCGAUUUUGGUCCCGGUUUCGAUUCAGGAUUUGCGUACGAUAAAAAUUGUUAAUCCAGCUAAUCUUAAACCUAAAUCCGCCAACAUUAAACUGGCCGCGGCAAAUUUGCUACAGCAAUCGAAACAAGGAUUGAUCCAAAAGAACGUGGUCCUCUCCAAGGAGCAACUGAUGGUUGAUGAUAGCGAUGCAGCGCAAACUUCGGACAGCGAAAGUUUCGUUUUCGAAGAUAUCAUGCAGCAGAGCAGCUCGGUAAUUGAACAGGUUGAGCGCCAACAGAAGCAACAGCAGCAGCAACAACUAUCCAGCGAUUCGGAUGCCGACAUGGACCCGGAUGACGACUUGGAUGGCGACGAUGAUAGCAUAACCGGUGCAUCGAAACCGAACGCAUCCGGAGGAUAUCAGAAGCUGAUCUUGACUACGGAAGAGAAACGUUUGUUGGCCAAGGAAGGCAUCAGUCUACCGACGUGUUACCCACUGACGAAGCACGAGGAACGCGAGCUGAAGCGGAUUCGACGAAAGAUUCGCAACAAGAUUUCCGCGCAGGAUUCGCGCAAGCGGAAGAAGGAAUAUGUUGACGGAUUGGAGGAACGAGUCAAGCAAUGCACCGAGGAAAACCAGACGCUGCUGAAGCGUAUCAAGAUCCUUCAGAGUCAAAAUCAUGAUCUCAUGAGUCAAAUGAAAAAGAUUCAAUCGCUGCUAACGAAGGGGACGGGCAAAACUACCCAACCGGCAACGUGUCUGAUGGUGUUGCUGCUCAGCAUGGCCCUGGUGGCCGUUCCGAACCUCAAGCUAGGCGGUUCGCAUCAGCAGCAGAACAUCCAGGAUUCGAUCGAGAUGGCCGAGUUGCUGCAGGAAGCUGCCAGCGAGAAGACACAGAUCCCGGCCCAGGCGCAGAAUCGGCGCUCGCUUCUGUUCGAUACCAAGGAACAGCUCGGCGAUGCACUUGUCGAUGAGGAGAUGAAUUUCGAUGAGAUCAUGGCCUUCAACGUGAACUCCUUGAUUGCCAGCGAACACGAUUAUUCCUCCGAAGAGGAACCCAGGGCCAAGAGGUCAAAGACACAAUCCCUAGUGGAGUACGACGUCGAUGACGAAAUCUGGAAUGGAAGCAGCAAGAUGCGUAUCAAAACGGAAGUUAACGAGCCUGUCAACGGACUAUUCAACGAGAAGGCGAAACUAUUCCAGGAAGCAUUUGAGCAAAAGCUGAACGAACAGAGCUCGGGAUUCAACAUAAAAUCGGAACAAACGAGCGAAUUGAUCGUUGACCGUGAACUGUUGGAUGCAAUGUCUAAGCAAGGUUCUGCCGCGUUAUACGACAGUUUGAAUCUCGACAACCUAAAGAACGGUGCUGGUAUUGAACUGUUGGCCACUAACGGAGCAACGACAGGAACCGUUGAAGAGGUAGGUAGGAAACUGAAUGCUUCUCAGCAAAUUCAACAACAAAAUAAUAAGAGAAAACUCUUACUUUAAACUGGAAAACAGACGUUAGCAUUCUAUCUAUAUGUUAAUUCUUUUUCAUUGGGCUGUUAUUUCUAUGUGUACAUAAGUUCUACUACGUUAAGGAUCUACAAUAUAUAUUAUUGAAGACGUUUAGAGGGCUCUAGACUAUAUUUCUACACACAGUGUAAUCUAAUUGUGAGCUGGCAUUUGUGCUAUUGAUCGUUUAUUAGUGUAACGUCAAAUGAUACAUACAUUACAAUUUAGUAUUGAAACGUACUGGUAUAAGUUUUGAAUUUUUCCACCUGUUUUCGAAAUAGAGAAAAUAUAUGUUAUCUUUUCCUUGUUGUUAGUUCCAGACUUUAUAUAUUUUUCAUCAAAAUCAACUAUUGUGCAAUUCGAUUUUAUUUCCAUACUGUAACUAUUAAUUGUAGCUUCUAGCUAGAUCUAGUUGCUGGAAAAAUAUGAUAUCUUUAUUUGAAUAAAUUGUUUAAUAACACUAAUCUAAGACCUGCAGCAGAGUUCUGAAUGCAUGGAAAAUUUUCUUCACCCUAGACAGUUUGAGCAACUAAGUUAAAUUCAUAAGCAGCAUCUUUCUCAUAAAGACCAAAUAACAUCGAACUGGUGGAAAAGCAAAUUGAUUCCUAGCGCACGCAGAUUUCGUUUCCAAUCCCUUCGUAUGAGACAAAAAUAGACUUAACAAAUUACCACUCAUAAAACAAAUUUCCUAUAGAUAAACAAAUUGGAUAUUUUGCUACUUGCAAGGGGGUGAAGUUUCACCCCGCAACAAGUAUGCAGGGGAAAAAACAGUAAAUUUUAAAACCGAACAGAUGUAAUGUUAUCGUACACCACACACUACCAUUUAAUAUAUAUUGCUGUAUAUAAACAGUA